ACGAAGUGAAGCCGGCGAGGUGUUUUACAACGUGCUUUGUCGGAGCAAGGAGAGCGCGGGAUAGCGAGCGCGAGAUACGGACACGCAAGUGGCUCGUCAGGUGUUGGCCAGUAAAUCAAGAAGCAGAAAAAGAAUGUGGAAUAUGAUUUUAGGCUGAUACGUGCAGCGAGACAAGAGUCCUGACUAUUGAAAAUCAAACAGUGAAGGCUUGAACUCAAAUGCGUUGACAUGAAUUGCAUCCACAAUGUCUUCUUCAGAAUGGAUUAAAUUUAUUAUCACAACUGUGUGGUGGCUGAUAAUAAUUGUUUUUCCACUCCAACCUGUUUAUGGGGGUCAGUAUGAAUAUAUUAGUCGUUGUGAUGGACAGGACUGCUCAGUUUGUCAAUGCUUUCCUGAAAAAGGCUCAAGAGGCCAACCUGGCCAGCUGGGGUCCCGGGGUCCAAUUGGUGCUUUGGGUCCAGUAGGACCUAUUGGCUUGCCAGGAGAAAAAGGCCAGAGAGGUGAUAUUGGUCCGCCUGGGCCAGCUGGAGAAAGAGGCAGUAAGGGUCCAAUUGGAGUUCCAGGAUUCUCAGGUUUAGAUGGUAUACCUGGAUUACCAGGACCUGAAGGACCCAGAGGAAAGCCUGGCUUGGAUGGGUGCAAAAGCUCAAGGGGGGAUCCAGGAUUUCCUGGAGAGGCCGGACAUAUUGGCCCAAGAGGCUCAUUUGGCAUUCCUGGUCAAAAAGGAGAAAAAGGAAAUUCCAUAUAUGUUUCUGAGUUCAUUAGAGGGGCUCCGGGAGAAAGAGGAAUUCCUGGAACCCAUGGCAAGCAUGGCCCUAGAGGAGAAAGGGGGCCAAGAGGUCCACUUGGAUUUAUAGGCCAACCAGGCAUACAGGGUGCUCCAGGUCGCCCUGGUUUGCCAGGUGAACAGGGAAAUCCAGGUACUGGAGUGGAAGGACAAAAAGGGGAGCCGGGUGAUGUAGGACCUCCUGGAUCUCCAGGGCAGCCGUUUCUGGUUGGACCUUCUGAUUCUCAGCUAUUAAAGGGACAAAAGGGUGUAAAAGGAAUGCCUGGAUCUGUUGGUGCCAAAGGAAUGCCUGGCCACAAAGGUUCACUUGGAAACGGAGAGAAGGGUGAAAAGGGGAUUCCUGGCUUUCCUGGAAUACGGGGGAGUCCUGGUUCUUAUGGAUCUCCAGGUUUUCCAGGAAGCAAGGGUGAAACUGGAAUUGCUGGAUUUCCUGGAGAAGAUGGCCUCCCAGGAAUUAAGGGGGAGCCAGGAGCCAGCGGGUGGCCAGGUCCACCAGGACCUCGAGGAACACCACACACUGGAAUAAAAGGUCUUCAGGGAGAUCUUGGUGAACCUGGGCCUUCUGGAAAUGUGGGGGCAGAUGGGUCAGCAGGCCCUUCCGGUGCUAAAGGAAGGCAAGGGGAAGAUGGAGCCAGUUUCCUAGGUUCCAAAGGUGCAAUGGGAGUACAAGGUCCUCAAGGCUUUCAAGGUGAUCCUGGUCUGCCUGCCAUAUCUGAAACAGCUCCAGGAAAUCCUGGAUCGCCAGGAUUACCAGGUUUUCCAGGAACUCCAGGAAACCAGGGCUUGCCCGGACCACCUGGUGUGGCUUGUAGUGGGAGAGGAUCCUCUGGACCACCAGGAACUAAAGGCCAGAGGGGACCACCAGGAGAAAAAGGUGGAAAAGGAGAGAAAGGGAGUCCAAGCAACUGCUCAUGUGGUCUAGGUCCAUGUGGUGUACCUGGAAUACAAGGUCCACCAGGCAUCCCUGGAAAAAAAGGAGAAGUAGGAUUACCUGGAAAAUAUGGAAGAAAAGGUGAUCUAGGCUUACAUGGUGCAAUGGGACAAUCAGGUUCCCCAGGAAUACCAGGUCCAUUUGGGUUGACUGGCGAAAAAGGGGAUAAGGGUGACCUGGCCAGAAUAAGAAUCAAAGGCAUAAAAGGACAAAGGGGUCUUCAUGGAGAGCCUGGAUUUCCAGGAAGAAAUGGUAUUGCUGCCAGGAAUGGAGAUCCAGGGUUGUCUGGUGACAAGGGCUUUCAGGGUCUUGAUGGAAGAGCUAUAGCAGGUGAUAAGGGAUUUCCUGGCCCCCCUGGACUUCCUGGCUCAAGAGGACCCAUGGGACCAUCAGGUUUUGGAAUUCAGGGUCCACAAGGUGUCCAGGGUCUGCCUGGAAAUCCAGGAAGCCCUGGUACAAGAGGACCACCUGGCCCAAAGGGUCAAAAAGGUGCUACACUUCCGUAUGCAACAGCAUAUGUUGGGAAUCCAGGUGCACCUGGUUUUCAGGGUAUAUCAGGUCCAAAAGGAUUAAGAGGAGAACCUGGGCAACCUGGUCCUAAUGGUUUUGAUGGCCCAAAAGGCCAACAGGGCAGACCAGGCACAUCGGGCCAUCCUGGUCCAAAAGGUUUCAAGGGUGAGACUGGCGAUCCAGGUGAUCCAGGUGAAAGUGGUUCAAGGCUGGAUGGUGCUCCAGGUUUGCCAGGCCCUCCCGGUCUUGGAAGUCCAAAAGGUGUUCCAGGUGACAUCAGUUAUGGUCCCCCAGGAAUUCCAGGCAAUAGAGGUCUUCCAGGAUUACCAGGUUUGCCAGGCAUAAAAGGUGACCCAGGUUUUGCUGGACUUCAAGGACAGCCUGGCAUAUUAGGAUUUCCAGGAGCUAAAGGUCUUAGAGGAAGAAAAGGUGACAUAGGAGUUGCAGGAUAUCCUGGCUCACCUGGACUAGCAUGUGACAAAGGCUUGCAGGGGCCACCAGGACUUCCGGGCUCUUUUGGGCAACCAGGCUCUCCAGGUUUACAAGGCUUCAAAGGUCCAAAAGGAGAUAUUGGUGCACCAGGCCCAGCUGGAAUGAAAGGCAUGCCUGGGGCUGCUGGAAUACAAGGACCGCCUGGCCUUCCAGGCUUGAGAGGAAAUCCAGGCCUUCCAGGGGAAGAUGGAUUGUCAGGCCUCCCAGGACAAAAAGGGAGCAAAGGGUCCCAAGGUAUGCAAGGUUUCCCAGGGCUCCCAGGAAGCGAAGGAGAAAUUGGAGCUCGUGGUGUGAAAGGUGAAGAAGGACAAACAGGCCAGCGUGGUGCACCUGGAGAAUGUGGGUCUGUGGGAUCCAAAGGUGCAAGAGGACCUCAAGGAGAGGAUGGCCACAUUAUUGUAUUGGUAGAGAAAGGACAAAUUGGGGAGCCAGGUCUUCCUGGUGAAGAAGGCUUGCCAGGACCACAGGGUGAUAAGGGUAACACUGGAUUCAGAGGAAUCCCAGGAUCACCAGGCAGAAAUGCAUUUCCAGGAACUCAAAAAGGUGAACCUGGUGGUGCUGGACAGGCUGGUUUUCAAGGGCUUCCUGGCUUUCCAGGGCCUCCAGGACUGAGAGGAAUCAUUGGUUUUCAAGGACAACAAGGUGACCAGGGUACACAGGGACUACCAGGUAUUCCAGGAGGUUCAGGACUGGAUGGUGCAAAAGGAUCUAAAGGUAGCAGAGGUGAUCCAGCUGUCUCUAAUGGCCAGCCUGGUAAGAAAGGUCUUGCAGGAGAUCGAGGAUUGCCAGGACUUGAUGGAUUACCAGGAAACCAAGGAAUACCAGGUGUCCAAGGCGAACCAGGAAGACAAGGACUCAAAGGAUUACCUGGAUACUCAGGAACGCCUGGCUUCCCAGGUAUCCAAGGAGCAGCAGGCUUACCAGGAGUACCAGGUGAACAAGGUAAUCCUGGUCUUUUGGGAACUCCAGGUGUGCCAGGAUUAUCUGGCAGUCCAGGCAGAAAAGGCCUUUCAGGAUUGCCUGGAUUAAAUGGCCUGAAUGGACUGCAGGGUCAAAAGGGUUUGCCAGGAUCUCCAGGCUUAAGUGAAAUUGGGCCUCCAGGGUGGAUAGGUGAACGGGGACCAAAAGGCAACAGAGGAGAACCUGGGCUGCCGGGAGCUUCCCAACCGGGGCCACCUGGAGAUGCCGGCCUGUUAGGCCCUCCUGGCAAGCCAGGUGCUUCUGGGCCUGCAGGUCCUAUGGGACAGCCUUCUGAAGAUACACUUCCUGGGCCUCCAGGUGACCAAGGCAGUGCUGGCUUAGAUGGCAUUAGAGGCCCCUCUGGCAAACCUGGCCCUCUAGGAAAGACUAUUCUUGUUAAAGGAGAUUCAGGUGACUGUGGGACUUUUGGCCCACCGGGGGUUCCUGGGCCUCCUGGGAAACCAGGAUCUAAAGGUAUUGCAGGAAAUCAAGGAAGAGAAGGCUCAAAAGGUCCCUUGGGAAAUCCUGGCCCACAAGGGCCUCCCGGUCUUCCUGGAGAAUCUGGCGAUCAAGGUUUUCAGGGAUCAACUGGUCGUAUGGGUCCCAAAGGUGACCCAGGAGAACCUGGAAAAGUUGAUUACUCCUCAUGUCCCAAGAUUCCAGGGCCUCCUGGCAUAUUAGGUCCAAGAGGAUCACCAGGUCCCAUAGGACUACGAGGGCCAGCGGGUUUCCCUGGUCCCCCAGGAAAGAAAGGGGAAGAAGGGUUUUUAGGCCAGCCAGGUCAGGAUGGCUUACCUGGGCCACCAGGACUCAUUGGUGAUCAAGGUGACACAGGAGAAAAAGGAUCCACAGGACGGCAAGGUCUUCCAGGUGAAAUUGGAAUGCCAGGGUCACCAGGGCCUGAAACAAGAGCUGCUAGUGGGUUCCUGAUGGUUCUUCAUAGUCAAUCAGACAAAGAACCACUUUGUCCAGAGGGAAUGCCAAGAUUAUGGACUGGAUAUAGCCUGCUGUAUUUUGAAGGGCAGGAGAAGGCCCAUAAUCAAGAUCUUGGUCUAGCUGGAUCUUGUCUUCCUAUAUUCAGCACUAUGCCCUUUGCCUAUUGCAAUAUCAAUCAGGUCUGCUACUAUGCAAGUCGAAAUGAUAAAUCUUACUGGCUGUCAAGUGCAGCUCCUUUGCCUAUGAUGCCCCUCUCUGAUGAAGAAAUACACCCUUACAUUAGCAGAUGUGCUGUAUGUGAAGCUCCUGCCCAAGCUGUUGCAGUUCAUAGUCAAGAUCAAUCCAUUCCUCCCUGUCCAUCAAACUGGAGAAGUCUUUGGAUAGGCUACUCAUUUUUAAUGCACACUGGAUCUGGUGACCAGGGAGGUGGACAAUCUCUCGUGUCAGCUGGAAGCUGCCUUGAAAACUUCAGAUCAGCACCCUUCAUUGAAUGCCAGGGUCAGAGAGGAACAUGUCAAUUUUUUACCAAUGAAUACAGCUUCUGGUUAACUACAGUGAACCCACAGUUACAGUUUACAUCAGUCCCUCGCUCAGAGACUCUCAAAGAUGAGCAAGAACAACGCCGCAAUAUAAGUAGAUGCCAGGUCUGCAUGAAACUUGACUAAUGGAAACCUAGACAUUUACCAAAAAGAGAGAAAGGGGAUAGUGUUAGUGGUGCAAGUUUUAUGUGAAAAUGUGCAACACUGUUCAAGACUUGGGCCACACUGACACAAGUUUAAACCAGGCAAACUACAGAAGUGUAAUUAUUCCUCGUGUCCUCUGUGCUGCCACACUUACAGGAACUCUAGCUAUGCUGGCUAGCUAGAAAUACCUGGAAAGUAUCAUGUUCUUUCAGAUCUUCUAUCCCCCAGGAUAAGCCAAUUUGCAAUGGAUAGAUGGAUGGGAGUGGCCACAAUGGCUAACUGAAUGGGAGAACCAAUGUGGCAUAGUGUUUAGAGUGUUGGCUAUGACCUGGGAGAACAAGGUUCACAUCCACACUGGGCCAGCCAUGUAGCUUACUGAAUGAUCUUGACCAGUCGCUGUGUCUUAGCCUAGCCUGCCUCACAGGAUUGUUGUGAGGAUCCAGUGGGAAGGGGAAGAACCAUGUUUGCCCCCUUUCCUUAGAGGAAAGAUGGGAUACAAAUGUAAUAAUAAAUACAUUUAAGAUAAA